CCGGACUCCCUGGAGCGGCUCCUCGGCUUUGGGAACGGAACAAUUGUAAGCAGAUCCAUCGCAAUGCAAGCACAUAAACCUGCCCCAGCAACUGGAUUUUCAAAUGCUAACUAUGAGCCAGGAAAUCAAGUCCCGUAUGGCCACCCACAGUAUGCACCUGGGACUUACCAAGGUGUCGCAGGCAUGGAGAACUAUGGCUUCCAGGUACAGGCCAUGGGAGUCCCAGCUGGACUUGCUGUUCCACCCAUCCAGAACCAGCCCAUUGUGAAGGAGGGGACUAUCUGGAUGCCUAUUCCUCCUUCUCUUCCCAACUGUCCUCCUGGACUGGAAUACCUCACACAGAUUGACCAGAUAUUAAUUCAUCAGCAAAUUGAACUUCUUGAGAUUCUCACUGGCUUUGAAACAAACAACAAAUAUGAAAUCAAGAAUACACUGGGGCAAAGGGUGUACUUUGCAGCAGAGGACACUGACUGCUGUACCAGGAAUUGCUGUGGGCCAUCACGACCCUUCACCAUCCGGAUUAUAGACAACCUGGGCCAUGAGGUGAUCACGCUGCAGAGACCCCUCCGGUGUUCUUCGUGCUGCUUUCCCUGCUGCUUACAGGAGCUGGAAGUUCAGGCACCUCCAGGAACACCAGUCGGUUAUGUUGUCCAGAACUGGCAUCCCUGCCUACCAAAGUUUACCAUUCAAGAUGAGAAAAGAAUGGAUAUACUGAAAAUUAUUGGCCCAUGUGUUGUCUGCAGCUGUUGUGAAGACAUUCAUUUUGAGGUGAAGUCUGUGGAUGAGACUUCUACUGUUGGGAGGAUUUCUAAGCAGUGGACUGGGUUUUUGAAAGAAGCCUUUACAGAUGCAGAUAACUUUGGAAUCACAUUCCCAAUGGACCUUAAUGUAAAAAUGAAAGCUGUCAUGAUCGGUGCUUGUUUCCUUAUCGACUUCAUGUUUUUUGAGCAUGCUGGUGAUAACCAACAGCGAACAGGAGUUUGGCAAUGAAAUCUAUAACUUUUAUAUAGAAGAAGAAGAAGAACAUAAAUCUGCCAACUUUCCAGCGGAUUGCAGAGCUCCAGUAAGAAUGUGAGGAAUGUACAUCUUGUGCUUGUAGUUAUAUUUCUAUAAAC